CUAACGGUCCUAACCUAGUAAAUUGUAAUGCUGCCAGCCUACCCGCUUCCUUUAUCUAUUUUUCUGACAAUCAAAAUAUUUGAAGCUCUCAAAAAAAGGAUAGCAUUCCAUAGGUAGUUCUCGGAGUACAAAUGCUGAAAUGACACCAUGUCAUAAAAUAGCCCUUAUUCAGCUUUAUCCUCAGCCUCUCUCAGCCGCUGAGAAUUUUGCCAAAGCCGAAUCUUUCAUCAAAGAAGCUGCCCGCGAGGGAUGCCACCUGGCUGUUCUGCCCGAAUAUCACCUUACCUCAUGGGUUCCAGAUGAACCAACUUUCAAGGAGUCAUGUGCGGAGUCAGCUUCUUACCUGAAAAGGUACCAGGAGCUAGCCAAGGAAUUUCGCAUUUGCAUUGUACCUGGCACGAUCGUCGAGGUAGUGGACAAUUUCUUGCACAAUAUCGCAUAUUUCAUAUCCUCGGACGGCGAAGUGCUAGGUCGAUAUCAGAAGAAGAAUCUCUGGCACCCAGAGCGGCGGCAUCUGGUGUCAUCAGCUCAAGAGCCACAUAAAGCCUUCGAUACGCCGUUAGGGCGGGUGGGGCUGCUGAUAUGUUGGGACAUGGCCUUCCCCGAGGCAUUCCGGGAGCUCAUCUCCGAUGGCGCACAGAUAAUAUGCGUCCCUACUUUCUGGAGCAUGAAGGAUGUGUCCGACGAAGGCUACGCCCUUAACCCGGACGGCGAGGCGUUGUUCUUGAAUAGCACUGUCAUCAGUCGCGCAUUCGAAAACACAUGCGCCAUCGUGUUUGUCAACGCGGGCGGCCCGCCGGGAAAGGGAGAGAAGACGAAUUUUGCGGGGUUAAGCCAAAUUGGUGUGCCACAUGUGGGUGCGCUUGGGAAGAUGGGACGUUCUGAAGGUAUGUCUAUUGUGGAAUUGGAUAUGAAUGUGCUGAAGAUUGCGGAAGACAACUAUAAGGUUAGGAAGGAUAUGAAGAAUGAAGGAUGGCAUUAUGCUUAUACUCGGAUGAGGGAUGAAGUACCUAAGCUGUAGUUCCAUCAAUUGAUACUAUUGACGUAUGCACCUAGGGUAUUAGGUAGGUACCUACAUAGUACUUGCAUCAAUGAUAGGUACUAGGUAGUCAAGUAUGCACAUAACCUGGAAUUUAAAAAGAAACCCGACUGCUGUCCCGCCG